GCUCACAAAUUACAUUUAAAUUCAUCUCAAAUGUUGGAUUAGUUUUAUGCGCUGGGAUGCCUUCAGGUCUUCUUCACACAAAGGUGCAAGUGUUAAAUUGUGCCAAAUGUCUGUCUACAGUGAAAGUCUCAAUUGGAGUGUGAGUGACAGUGAACAAGGCUGCAGUGUGUUUUCUUUCAUGGUCCAGUGGCGGAUGAAGGAGGCCCUGCACUAAUCUGGGUUAUCGGCCUCUAAUCACCUUAGCCCACUGCUAGAUGGGAACUUUCUGUGGCAUUUAGUCAGUCUUUCUCUCCACUUGACAGACACCUUGCAGGGAACGGCUUUUUUUUUUUUCCAUAGGACGAAGAACGGUAAGAGUUUGUGGUCCAUGGCCGGUCGGCAUGUGAUGGACUCACCUGAGGCUUCUUCGCCUGAUGCUGGAAGAUAUCCCAGGAAGAUACUGGAGUACAUGGAAGGCUUCCUUGUCUCCAAGACUUUGUUCACGGCCUGCGAGCUGGGCGUUUUCGACGUGUUGUUGGGAGCAGGACGCCCUCUGUCUGCUGACGACGUCAGCCAGGCGGUUGGGGCCAGUCUCGAUGGAACCCAGAGGCUACUGGCGGCCUGUUGUGGCCUUCAGCUGCUUGAGACACACCAGCAAAAUGGACGAGUCUCUUACAGUAACACAGAGGAGACCAGCCUCUACCUGACCCGCUCUGGUCCUGCAACGCUCUACCACUCCAUCCAGUACAGUUCCAGAACAAUCUACCUCUGCUGGCACUACCUGACUGAUGCUGUCCGGGAGGGGAGGAAUCAAUAUGAGAAAGCCUUUGGCGUGAGCUCCAAAGACUUGUUUCAGGCUCUCUACAGGUCUGACGAGGAGAUGGUGAAGUUCAUGCAGCUCAUGAAUUCCAUAUGGAACAUCUGUGGUCGGGAUGUGCUCACGGCCUUUGACCUUUCGCCUUUCAAGGUCAUAUGUGACCUCGGAGGCUGCAGCGGAGCAUUAGCCAGGCAGUGCACGUCGGCCUACCCGGAGUGCGCAGUGACGAUCUUUGACCUCCCCAAGGUGGUGCAGACGUCCAGGGAACAUUUUGUCAAGGAGGCUGACCACAAGAUAAGCUUCAUUGAAGGGGACUUCUUUAAAGACCCCUUGCUAGAGGCAGACCUUUACAUCCUCGCCAGGAUUCUCCACGACUGGACAGACGAACGUUGCGUAGAAUUGCUCAGUCGAGUCCACAAAGCCUGCAAACCAGGAGGCGCUGUAUUGCUGGUGGAGGCCUUGCUUUACGAGGAUAGCUCCGGCCCACUCACGGCGCAGCUCUAUUCCCUGAACAUGCUGGUUCAGACAGAGGGCCGAGAAAGAACGGGGGCCCAGUACAGCGCCCUGCUGGCUGCCGCUGGGUUCACCGACAUCCAGUACCGUCUCACAGGCAAAAUCUAUGAUGCGGUUUUGGGCUUUAAAGAAAAAUAAGCUUUGAAAAAAAAUGAAACAAUCAUUGUUGAAAGGAAAUAUUGACUAUUUUUUUGUGAUAGAUUGACCCAGAUUGGUUUCGGAUAUCUAACAUAAUAAACCCCUUCUCUGACCAAAACUGCCACCGUAUUUAUACAUAAUCAUUCCUAAAUUUGUGUUGCUCUGUUUUA